UAAAACCGUAUAUUUUAAACUCAAAAAAAUUCCUGCUACUUAGAUUUGGCAACAGAGCGGCGGUCUGAGACCCAGUGCUUGAAUUGUCGGCAUCUCCAGCAGCAGCUGUGAAUUUUUCAGCCAGUCGAAGACUUGCAGUUAACAGAGCAGGGCACUCCUGCUGGUUUACGUUUUAUUGAACGCGAUAUUUCGCAGCAGGAAUUUAAAACUGUCGCGCACGUGUUUCGGUGUUGUAGAUGCGCGCUCCAGAGAACGAAGGGAUUUUGUUUUAGUGGGGCUUGCAGGAACUGUAGUUCAGCAGGAUUUUUGAUUUGUUGUUAUUUUUAAAGCUGUUGACAGAAUGUUGGAGCAAAUCCUGAGGGACAUGUACAUAGAUCCUGAGCUGCUGGAGCUCCUGGACGAGACGCAAAAACAAACGCUCUACUGCAAAAUGCGGGAGGAACAGGUGAGGCGUUGGAAAUCGUGGAACGACAAACUGGGCGACCAACCUGCCAAACCGAAAGUCACCAAGAAAAGGAAGAACGUGAGCUUCAUGAAGGGGGUGGACGGCGAACCGUGGGUCUGGGUGAUGGGCGAGCACGAGAACGACAAGAGUAUAGAGGAGAUUCUGCGGGAGGAGGCGUUGGAGAAGGCGAGACAAAUGGCGGAAAUCGAGACGAAGGAGCUGAGAAAGAAGGUCGAAGCUAUGGAGUGCAUUUCGCCCAAAAUCACCAACUUGGAGGAAGACAUUUACUGCUCCAUAGAUGAGUUGAGGAACAGUAUGAACUCAUCUGCGAACAAUUCGUAUCAAAACAAAGUCAACAGGCAUAAUUUCGUCAACACCAAGGAAGUGCUUCAAGAUAUCAAUAGGAAACCCUCAAAAGUCUCCUCAAGGGUGGCACAAUGGGAAAUAAAGCUAACAGAAACCCGAACAAGUGAAAUAUUGAAAACGAUGGAGAAAAAAAACGAGAAAAUCGCCGAAGAAGCUGAGUUAGCUGCAAAAAAACACAACGAGUUAUGGCUUGAGCAAGAAAAAAAGGCCAAAGUAGCUGAACAACAAAUUCGCGAAAUCGCCAGAAGAGCCAGAGAAGAACAUAGACUUUCAACCGCUUUAGAUAUCGACGCAAACUAUAGCAUUGUUAACUCUGGAGUGCCUCCAGGAAAGCAAGCCGUCGUGGAGUGGUACAAGAAAUAUGAAAAAGCUAGAAUGGCAGGUUUGGAUUCAGAUGGAAACCUUCAAAACUGGUUCCAUGGUCUAAUAACACGUACUGAAGCAGAAAAACUCCUCCUAGACCAACCUCAUGGCACCUUUCUCGUAAGGCUAUCGGAAAGAGUGUGGGGAUACGCGAUUUCAUACAGAGCCAAAGAAAAAUGCAAGCACUACCUGAUAAACGCAUCGCAGAAAUACAAGUUCGCCCAGAGCACUCUCGAAUACAACACUCUAGGGGAUCUGAUAAGCAACCAUUUUAACCAGCCUUUGACGGGGGGCGAAAAAUUGCUCCACCCCUGUCCUCGUAUCUCGAAUACGGCCCUGGAUGAUUUGAUGAAAGUCUGAACGCAUAGACGAAAUUAUAGAUGCAAUGGAGGAUGCGUAUUUUGAUUAGUAUACCCUGAAUUUUUUUUGAAAAUAACGUUCAAGAUAAAGAAAAUAAUCAAAUAUGAUCAAAUUCUCUAAUUUUUUGGGUAUGUUGAUAAAAAUAGGGGCCGAUAUAAAAUCUGUAAUUUGUCAAUCUAAAAUAUCAAAAACACUGUGAUUUAAGGCAUUUUAUAUUCUGAUAGUAUUAAUCAUACUUAUUUUUUUUUAUAAUCAUAAUAAAUAUUAAGUCAAUUAUAAUAUUUAUUAUUUUUGGAUAAUAUUCAACGAAUAUAUGUUAAUUUUCCUUUUUACUAUAAAUAUUUAUAAUUUAACAUAGUUUGUG